AUGUGGUAUUUAGACAAUGGUGCAAGUCAUCACAUGUCAGGAAAGAAAGAGUUUUUCACUAACUUGGAUGAAAAAGUUUCGGGUCAAGUAACGUUUGGUGAUGGAUCCGAGAUUGAAAUCAAAGGUAAAGGGAAUGUAACCGUGGUAAGUAAGAAUGGCGAAAAGAAAACGUUUUGUGAUGUGUUCUACAUGCCUAAGUUAAAAACCAAUCUUCUUAGUUUGGGACAAUUAGAUGAAGAAGGUUGCAAGAUUGAAAUAGCUAAUGGAAUGUUAAGGCUACAUGAUCAGAAAGGAAGACUGUUGAUGAAGGUUCAGAGAAAUCUGAAUAGAAUGUACAACAUCAAGCUUCAAGUAUGUUGUAAUUCUAACAAAAUUGAAGAUGAAAAAAAAGAAAGUCCAGAUGUGAAACCGAUUAAGAAAGUGAGGGAAAUUCGGUUUGGAACGAUCCCAAAGGAUUUGUUCGGAGUUCGUGAAAGUGUUGGUCAAGAACGAAUUGAAGAGAAGAAGCAAGUCAAGGAAGAAAGUAUCGAAGGAAUGAAUGCAAAGUUUGAAGAACCAGUGAAGCAAGUUUGCUAUAGACAAUUGAAAAGGAGGAACAAAGGCAAGAAGAAAAACAAUUCAAUAUUAAGGGGGUGA